AUUGUUACUGACAAUGGUGCAAAUGUUGUCAAUGCUUGUCGUAAACUGAAAGAAAAAUAUGGUUGGAUACACAUACGAUGUGCAGCACAUACACUACAGUUGUGUUUAAAGCAGGCAUUUGAUAUUCCACAGAUUAAAUCUGCUAUUGGUGCUGCUAGACACCUUGUUGCAUUUUUUCGACAGUCAUCAAAAGCCAGCCAAGCAUUAAAAGCUGCUCAAGAAAAAGAACAUCAGCUGGAGCUUAUACUUGAUGUUUCCACAAGAUGGAACUCCACAUACAGUAUGUUGGAGAGACUUUGUCGCCUGCAAGCAUAUGUUCGCCAAGUCCUUUGCAAUGGGCUCAUUGUAAAAGCAACAUCGUCAGCUCAUUUGGAGUUAAAAGACAACCACUGGGCACUGAUUCAAACCCUAGUUGAAAAACUUAAACCAAUUAAGAUUGCAACAGAUUACCUGGAAGGUGAAAAAUAUGUGUCUAUAAGUGGUGUAAUACCAUUGGUCAAAGGAUUGUCACAAAAGUACAUGCCAUGUGAAGAAGAUUCAAGAAGUUUAGCUUUAUUUAAGAACAAAAUUCUAACUCAAUUGCAUGAGAGAUUUGGGUUCGUUUUCAACCAGAACUCGUGUUAUAUUCACAUGAGCAUCGCAACAUGGCUGGAUCCAAGAUACAAAACGAGCUAUUUCAAAAAAGUUGAUGGUAUUCAAAUUAAAGGCAGUAUAGAAUCAGAAAUGAUCGCAAUAAAACAACGACAGACAAAUGCAAACAGCAAGGAUAUCGACAACUGUUUUGAAAAACAAUUUGAUUUUGCCAAAAAGCCGGAAUCACUAGAUGAACUAUUGGGCUGUGGCAUUGAAAGCCACGACAGCAGCAAAGAAAUAGACGAGGGCAAUGACGAUGAAGUUGCCAGCGUUUCGGAAGAAACGGCCUCGUAUUUAAAAACCAAAAUUCAGACUACCAACCUAAAUACUUUGGAAUGGUGGAAAAGUAACACAGCUACACCUGUUUUGAAAGAACUGGCAGUAAAGUAUUCAUGCAUGCCAGCGACAUCAGCAUCCUCCGAACGAUCUUUUUCUAGUGCAGGAUUGACUGCUAGUAAAUUACGAUCACGGUUAACCGGCAAACAUGUGGAGAUGUUAAAUGUGUUACACUGCAACAAAAAAUUUUGCAUGUGAAGUGCACAAUUUUAUUUUUUUCAAUUUUUCACAUUCCUGUUCCACAAUCUUAUUUUUUGUAAUUUUCACAUUCUUGUUCCAUAAUCUUAUUUUUUGUAAUUUUUCACAUUCCUGUUCCACAAUCUUGUUUUUUGUAAUUUUUCCUGUUCUGAUUUUAAAAAGUUUUUCAUAAAAUAAAACAGUUCCAAUAUUCCGAUUACUAGAUUGUGACUUCAAUUUAGUUUGUUGAAGCUGUUAGUUAAGUUAUUGAAACAGUGUAGAGUUCAGUCGAGGCAUUUAGCUUACAAUGUGGCUGUAAAUGAAAAUAGAAUAGGAUUCGGUAUUCUGGAUUCGAUUUAACUAUUCUAGAAUAUUCUAGAAUAGUAAAUUAUUCUACAUUGCCCAUCCCUAAUUUCAGGGGUACUUGAUUGUCAAAAAAUAUGUAGAGACCACGUUCACAAACGAAGGCAAUUACUCAUAGCACAGUGGACAUAUCGAAAAUUGAAAUUCAGGAAAAAUCAUGUAGACAAAAUGAGUUAUUGUUUUAUCUAAUUCGCCUCCCAAGAAUUAUUUCGAAAAUAUAAAAGACUCCUCAUGGAUAUAAAAGAUGCGAAGCUGAGUUAUGGUGGGCCCAUCGUUGUCAACAGCAAAAUUAGAAAAAAAAUGAAAAUUAAUUUUUUUGUAAAAAAAAAAAAUAA